GGCUGAAGGGGCUGGAGGAGCUGGAGGAGUCUGAGCAGUGUUACCAGGGAGGCUUGAGUCCCACGAAAGAGAGUGGUUGGAACAAGAGAAAAAACAAAGUCAACAAGAUCUGGAAUUUUGUGAGCCGCAGAAAAGAGGCCUCUAGUCAGGGGAAGCGACCCCAGUCCAUGAUUUUACUGGGAGAUGCCUCCAGGCCAUCAGAAGUGAAACACAAAGUCACGUUCAUGGAUCGGAUGAAGUUCAGGAGGCUGAAGCCUUCGAAUGGGGCCUCCAAGAAUACUCCUCCUAGGAAUGGCAAAGCCCUGGAGCUGCAGGAGGCCUCAGGUAUCUACCGGAUGAGGAAGGCUGAAGAGGCCCCAAAGCCCUUCCGCCAUUCCUUCGCGGGCCACAGCGAUGACCUGGAGCCCUUCCUUACAGAUAUUCAGGGGCUAGUGCAACCCUCCCAGAGAGUGAACCAGAAGGUGCUGCCCUUUGAUGCCUUUGGCAUCCAAGUGGAGGAAGACUCCUGGGAGGAGGCAGCCCCUGGGAAGCUUGGUGGUGACAGACGAACCAGGAGGUACCUGAAAAGCAUAUUCCCCAGGGGCCAUGGAUCUCUGCACACAUGGGCUGAAGACACCAGAAUCCAGGAGCUCGAGGCUGCCUUGGAGGGCUCCACUUUGGAAGGAGACUUGGAGGGGAGUCCUGGACGCCGGUGCCGAGACAAGGCCAUGCCUUUUGGUGUGGUGGUCAAAUUCUUCAACAACGUGGCAGAAGUGGCCCGAAAGUGGCGAGCAUUCUCCCGUGAAGAGCCACAGUUGUGCCACCACCACCAUGAGGCCUACUUCAGUGGUUGCAAUGAUGGCUUCAUCCUGAAGGGCGCUGCCACCCAGGCUUCCUUACCUCUCAACCUGCCCUGCCUGGCAACAGAGGCCACACUGUGGGGCAGAGCUGUGCAGAGGUGCCAUCGGUCCCACCAGAAGGUCUUGCAGACUUCAUGCACUUUUGAGAUGAGCAUUGAGGGUGAGGAGACACAGGGCCAGGCCCUAGCCAGUCCCUGCACUGCUACCACCUCGGCCCAAACCUCGGCCAUCUUUGAGUUCCAGGAUGACCUGGUGAAGCAGAACUGCCAUGGCCGCCGCUGUUGCCAUGCCUUCACCAGGGAGCACUCCUCCUCUGAGGAGCUCCAGGAAGACACUGAGACCAUGGUCAGCUUCCUCAAGGAAGAUAACAGUGUUCGGGAAUCCCAUGAGCUGGGUGCCUGUGCAAGGAGGUUCACCACCAAGGCUGUCAUGGAGAAGCUGGAGGAGAAGCCCAGAGAGAUGAAGAAACAGGAGGUCAGCAUGGAGCCUGAGGAGUUCAGCCAGUCCAGACAGUUCCAGGAGCCCCAGUUGGGAAUGGGUGUAGCAGACGCUGAGGGCAAAGCCAGCAAGGCCUGCACUGGAGUCUUCAGUGCUCAGGCCUUCUCUCCCUUAGCUGAACCAUCACCAAGGACUGUACCACCCAAAAUCCUCCUGGAAAAAUGCCACUCUCUGCCAAUCUCACAGAGUAUUCCUGUGGAGCUGGACCAAGUGGGCUGGAGGAGACCUAUGAUACUUUGUACUGGUAACUUGGACCAGGCCUCCAAGACACUAGAAACUCGCAAGAAUAUUGGUGGAUACUGGAAGCACCAAGGACCGGGAAACAAGCCAGUUAGUGAACUGAUCACUGGAGAUUCCAUCGUUAGUGCUGAGGCAGUAUGGGAUCACGUCACCAUGGCCAACCGGGAGUUGGCAUUUAAAGCUGGCGACGUCAUCAAAGUCUUGGAUGCUUCCAACAAGGAUUGGUGGUGGGGCCAGAUCGACGAUGAGGAGGGAUGGUUUCCUGCCAGCUUUGUGAGGCUCUGGGUGAACCAGGAGGAUGGGGUGGAAGAGGGGCCCAGUGAUGUGCAGAAUGGGCACCUGGACCCCAAUUCAGACUGCCUCUGUCUGGGCCGGCCACUACAGAACCGGGACCAGAUGCGAGCCAACGUCAUCAAUGAGAUCAUGAGCACUGAGCGUCACUAUAUCAAGCACCUCAAGGACAUUUGCGAGGGCUAUCUGAAGCAGUGCCGAAAGAGAAGGGACAUGUUCAGUGAUGAGCAACUGAAGGUAAUCUUUGGGAACAUUGAAGACAUCUACAGAUUUCAGAUGGGCUUCGUGAGAGACCUGGAGAAACAGUACAACAAUGAUGACCCCCACCUCAGUGAGAUAGGACCCUGCUUUCUAGAGCAUCAAGAUGGAUUCUGGAUAUACUCUGAAUAUUGUAACAACCACUUGGAUGCCUGCAUGGAGCUCUCCAAGCUGAUGAAGGACAGCCGCUACCAGCACUUCUUUGAGGCCUGUCGCCUCUUACAGCAAAUGAUUGACAUUGCUAUCGAUGGUUUCCUUUUGACUCCAGUGCAGAAGAUCUGCAAGUAUCCCUUACAGUUGGCUGAGCUCCUCAAGUAUACUGCCCAAGACCACAGUGACUACAGAUAUGUGGCAGCUGCUUUGGCUGUCAUGAGAAAUGUGACUCAGCAGAUCAAUGAACGCAAACGACGUUUGGAGAAUAUCGACAAGAUUGCCCAGUGGCAGGCUUCUGUCCUAGACUGGGAGGGCGAGGACAUCCUAGACAGGAGCUCGGAGCUGAUCUACACUGGGGAGAUGGCCUGGAUAUACCAGCCCUAUGGCCGCAACCAGCAGCGGGUCUUCUUCCUGUUUGAUCACCAGAUGGUCCUCUGCAAGAAGGACCUAAUUCGGAGGGAUAUACUGUACUACAAAGGCCGCAUUGACAUGGAUAAAUAUGAGGUGGUUGACAUUGAAGAUGGCAGAGAUGAUGACUUCAAUGUCAGCAUGAAGAAUGCCUUCAAGCUUCACAACAAGGAAACCGAGGAGAUACAUCUGUUCUUUGCCAAGAAGCUGGAGGAAAAAAUACGUUGGCUCAGGGCAUUCAGAGAAGAGAGGAAAAUGGUACAGGAAGAUGAAAAAAUUGGCUUUGAAAUUUCUGAAAACCAGAAGAGGCAGGCUGCAAUGACUGUGAGAAAAGUCCCUAAACAAAAAGGUGUCAACUCUGCCCGCUCAGUUCCUCCUUCCUACCCACCACCGCAGGACCCGUUAAACCAAGGCCAGUACCUGGUCCCCGAUGGCAUCGCUCAGUCACAGGUCUUUGAAUUCACCGAACCCAAGCGCAGCCAGUCACCAUUCUGGCAAAACUUCAGCAGGUUAACCCCCUUCAAAAAAUAAUACCUACAGGGAGGCAGAUAAUUUUAAAAUAAAGUAAAUAAAAUUA